AUGGCCGUCCACGCCAGUCCAACGCGCUUCAUGGUCCUCUCGGAUACCCACAAUUUCGAGGAGGACCCAAGCAAGCCUUUUCCACUCAGCCAAGAAACGCCCAAGGUGGACGUGGUUUUGCACUGCGGCGACCUCACCCAAGUCGGUGGCUUGUCAGCCUACAAGAAAGCCCUGAAGAUGUUCGAGCAAUUCGAUGCCGAGCUCAAGCUGGUCAUUGCAGGCAACCAUGAUCUCAGCCUCGAUGGCGAAUAUUGGAAAACUCACCUGGAAGAAGACGAUGAGCCCGAGGAGCAUGAUGAAGCUGUGGAGAUCAUGACCCGCGCACUUGCCAAGAAGGCGAAUGUCACCUACCUCACCGAAGGCCUGUACGAGUUCACCCUGAAGAGUGGGUCGAAAUUCUCUAUUUUCGUCUCGCCUUACCAACCUGAGUUUGGUGAUUGGGCUUUCGGCUACCCUCGUAAUUCUGACAGAUGGUCCAUUCCCGAAAACGUGGACAUCGUCAUGACACAUGGCCCGCCACAUGGUAUCCUGGACUUUGGUCACGGCCAGAAUUUCGGAUGUGAAUCUCUUCUGAAGGCUGUCGCUCGAGCACGUCCACUCAUGCACUGUUUUGGCCACAUUCAUGAAGGGUACGGUGCUGUGGUCUCAUCAUGGGAUGCGCGAGAUGCCGAUGAGGCCGUCGAUGUCAGCAUCGCAAAAGCUGGAGAUUCAGACGCUACUGUGCAGCAAAAUAAGCUUGCCCCAGGCCAUGAGACUCUCAUGGUCAACGCUGCAAUCAUGGACGAAAAGAAGCAACCUUCGAAUGCGCCGUGGAUUAUCGAUUUGCCGAUUGCGGCUUCAGACAAGUGA